CCCACACAAAACCCCCACCUUAGCUUUCUUCGCUACUCUUUCAUUCUCACCAAGCCCCAUCCUCCCUCUCCUCUUCACUCUUCACUGCCAAUGUCUUCCCCUCUCUUCCCUUGAGCCUCAUACCUAACCAUUAACCAACAAUUAAAAAAAGAAGAAGUCCAACUUCAAGAACAGGCCCUCCUUUUUUGAUAUAAAUAAAGGAGCACCCACUCAUUCUCUGUCCUUUGAAACUAAGCCAAGAACUGCAGAAAAAGAAUUACAAGUAAAGUGUCUACUUGUGUAAGCCAAGAAAGAAUCAAGUUCUCUGUCUCUCUCUCUAUCGAUCUCCAGAUGGGUUUUUGGUCAGUGGUGUUGUUUACUUUGUUAGCCUGCGCAUCUGUCUCAAUAUCAGAUCCAAGUGAUGAAGCGUGCUUAACCCACUUAACUCAAUCCUUAAAAGACCCAACAAACUCACUUCAAAACUGGACAAAAUCAAAUUUUGCAAACCCAUGUUAUGGUUUCACUUCUUAUCUCCCUGGUGCUACUUGCAACAAUGGUCGCAUCUAUAAGCUUUCUCUGACAAACCUUUCUCUUCAAGGCUCCAUCUCUCCUUAUCUAGCAAACUGUACCAAUCUCCAGUCACUUGACCUCUCCUCUAAUCAAAUUACAGGCCCUAUCCCCGCAGAUUUGCAAUCCUUGGUCAAUCUUGCUGUGCUCAAUCUCUCCUCUAAUCGACUUGAUGGAGAGAUCCCACCACAGAUUACAAUGUGUGCUUAUUUAAAUGUCAUUGAUUUGCAUGAUAAUUUCCUCUCUGGUCAAAUCCCACAACAGCUUGGUCUUCUAGUAAGGCUAUCUGCUUUUGAUGUGAGCAAUAACAAGCUGUCUGGGCCAAUACCUGUUUCAUUAGGGAAUAGGAGCGGUAAUUUACCAAGAUUCAAUGCCACUUCUUUUCUUGGAAAUAAGGGUCUUUAUGGCUACCCUUUGCCUCCAAUGAAGACCAAAGGUUUGUCAGUUUUGGCCAUUGUUGGGAUCGGUUUAGGAAGCGGGUUUGCAAGUUUGGUCCUCAGUUUUACUGGGGUAUGCAUUUGGUUGAAGGUUACUGAACAAAAGUUGGCACUCGAAGACGGCAAGAUUAGCCAGCUUAUGCCUGAUUAUUGAUAUUAAUCAAGUUUGUUUAGGUUAUUACAAUUCAAGAUUAUUACUAAGGUUGGGCUAACUGAUGUUCUUAAUUUUAUUUCCUCUUUUCUUUUUUUUUUCCUAAAGUUAGCAGUUGUAUUUUACUAAUUUUUAGAGGGUUUUUGUUCUGUCCCACCCCCACCCCCCCCAUCCACUCUUUCUUUUUCUCCUGAAGCCUUUUGGAACCUUUUCUCUUUACAUUUCCCUUAUAGUAGUAAGCAUUUAUUUUUGUCCAAAAUGAACAGUGUAUAAAUUAAUUCAAAGGAGAAACACUGCAGUUUCUUUCAGUCGUUU